CCUCUGAAGCCCCCUCCUCCCUCCCUCCUGAUAUCGCUUUGACAAUCGAAGGUCCACACCGACCGACGGCGCCAGUGAACAGAUUAAAUUAACCCCCCCCGGGGCUGCCUCUUCAGGAUGAAAAUGUUCAUUCUUCUUAACCCACGUUUGUAAGAUGUUGACUCUAUAGCCGAAACCCUGCCCUCUCCCCGCCUCCAGUCAAACGGUAGGAGGGCAGCGACGGAGCGGAACAGCCAGGCGAUACAUUGUUUGGAACAGACAGCUAACUUCUGUUCGGAGUUUAAACGCUAGCCGUUAGCCUUUUCACGGACAGCCGUUAAAAGCACGCGCCGUAGCCGUUGGUGGUGAAACCCGCUAACCAUAAAAAGGUUUUUAUUUUUUUUUAGCGAAAAAAAUGGUGACUUUCUCCGCGGUAGUCAGACCUCUGGCUUCUCACCUUCAACGGCAGCUCGCCAGGCACGCCAAGAGUAACCGGAUAACGCCUGUCAGAAGAUGCAACCUCACGGCGUGCUCAAGCAAAUAUGUGCUGUCUCAAAUGCAUCCCAUGUGGCAGGGACCCCUCGCGGUACCAGGAGGGGAUCGACAGUCUCCCAUAGAUAUUGUUGUGAGGAAGAGCGUGUAUGACUCGGAGCUGAAGCCCCUGGUGACCGACUACGACCCAGAGACCUGCCAACAAAUCUGGAACAACGGUUAUUCCUUCCUAGUCGAGUAUGACGACACAACAGACAAGUCAACGCUGAAAGGGGGCCCCCUGCAAGACCAGUUCAGGCUGUGUCAGUUCCACUUCCACUGGGGGGAGACCAACGCCUGGGGGUCAGAGCACACCGUGGACCGCCGGCUGUUCCCCGCAGAGCUCCACUUGGUCCACUGGAACUCCGACAAGUACAGUUUGUUCGAGGAGGCGGUGAUGGAAGAUAACGGACUGGCUGUUAUUGGAAUUUUUCUGAAGGUGGGGAAGAGACACGAGGGGCUGCAGAAGCUGGUGGACGCCCUCCCCGCCAUCCGGCACAAGGGCAGCAUCGUCGAGUUCACGCGCUUCGACCCCGCCUGCCUGUUGCCCAGCAACACUGACGAUUACUGGACGUACCACGGCUCGCUGACCACGCCCCCUUUGACCGAGUCCGUCACCUGGAUGGUCAUGAAGCAGCACAUCGAGGUCAGCCAUGACCAGCUGGCAGUUUUCCGCAGCCUCCUGUUCACUGCGGCCGAGGAGGAGGUUCAGAAAAGUAUGGUCAACAACUUCCGCGUGCAGCAGCCUCUGCGGGGGCGCACCGUGCGCUCCUCCUUCAGCCCUUUCCUCCGGGAGGCGCCGCCGGCCACCGGCGCCGAGCCGAGCCACUGA